AACACGUUUGGAUGGUUUGGAUGAAGAUACACCACUUUUUAAAUUCUGGAAGGAUGUUCAGAAUGUUGAAAUUGACAAAAAAAUAAUUUAUCUAACAGAAGGUGUUUACUUGUUGGGUAAAAUAGAACAAGGAUCAAAUAUUUUUGUUCAUCAGUGUUAUAUUGAUCUCUCCAAGAUGAUUUUUGACAGUGAUAAAUUGGAAAAUUUUUGCAUUAUAGGAACUCCAGGAAUUGGAAAGACAUUUUUUAUUCACUACCUGCUUAUCCAAUUGAUAAAAAAGGAGAUGAGUGUAGUGUAUGAUCAAAUUAAUCAGAGCUCAAUCUUCUUUCAUCAGGAGAACAUAUUUCAAGGAACAUUGGAUCUGUUUCAGGGUGAAUUAGAUAAGUCUGAUGUUUGGUACCUUGUUGAUGGACACCAUCCAAGAAACUGUGAAGCCAAAACUAUUCUUGCAACUUCACCACAAAAAGAGAACUAUUGA